GCGCGCGUGUGUGUGUGGAUGGGGGUGGAAAUGAAGGGACGAGUGACUGUACAAGACACCCCUUGUGUUAUUGGAUUACCAGGACACAUCGUGGAGCUGAGAGAGAGAGAGAGAGAGAGAGAGAGAGAGAGAGAGAAAGAGAGAGAGCCUGCAAGGCAAAUGCAAAACCCAUCAAAUCAGCGGCUAAUCUAACCAUCUGCGGCAAAAUGCCACCUAACGGGAUCUCGGCUUUUUUCUACCAGGACAGAAAAAACGAAAGUUCGUGGUUGCUCAUUGAUCUAAUUUCUUUGAGAAUUUUCUUGAGUCGUUCAGUCUGAACUCCUGCACCAACCCUGAAGCGCGUCUCUGAAAUGGAGCAUUUUUUCCGGCGCAACAGAGUCUUGAAAUUUCUGCUGAGUUUAUGUUUCGUGUUUGCCACUUUGUUGAUGAUCCAGAAGUUUCGAGUGCUGGACGUUAAGGAGGUGCGUUUGGAGCUCAAGAGUACCUGGUGCGCUUCUGGGCUGUGUAAAACUAAAUCCACGGCUCUGGUCAGUCACAAACCCACUGCUGCGUGGAACAUCACUGAUAUUAACUGUAGUGCGGACACUGGUCUACUCAAUCAGCCAUGGUUUCAAACCCUGGACUCCAGGUUCCAUGAAUUCGUCCUACACAGACACUGCAGGUAUUUCCCCAUGCUCUCGAAUCACCCUGAGAAGUGCACAGGGGAUGUGGACCUUCUGAUCGUGGUCAAGUCGGUUAUAGAGCAGCAUGACCGCCGUGAUGCUGUGCGUCUCACCUGGGGAAAAGAGCACUCCAUCAGUGGGAAAAGAGUCAGAACCCUGUUCCUGUUGGGCACCCCUGCUGCUGGGAAGGACUCCAAAAACCUCCAGAAACUCAUCGAAUACGAGGACAGACUUUAUGGAGAUAUCCUGCAAUGGAAUUUCAUGGAUACCUUUUUUAACCUCACGUUGAAGGAGGUCAAUUUUCUGAGAUGGUUCAACAUGUACUGCACAAAUGUGCCCUUUAUUUUCAAAGGGGACGAUGAUGUGUUCGUCAACCCAAACAACCUGGUGGACUUGAUAGAUUUUCGAACAGAGGAGGGCAAAGCACAUGACCUGUUCGUUGGGGACACCAUUUCGAAAGCAGUGCCUAUUAGAAAUCAUCAAAGUAAGUACUAUAUACCCAAAGAGCUGUAUGAUGGACCGUAUCCACCCUAUGUAGGUGGCGGGGGGUUUCUCAUGUCCUCUGAGCUGGCACGUCGAUUUUUCGCCGUGUCCGAGAGUGUGACGCUUUUCCCCAUCGAUGACGUCUUCUUGGGCAUGUGUCUUCAGAAGUUAGGGCUGGCACCGGAGAUGCAUCCAGGCUUUAAGACGUUUGGGAUCAUGAAACGCAAGGUGAGCCAGAUGAACAAGGAGCCAUGUUUUUACCGCCACCUCAUUGUGGUGCACAAACUGAGCCCAGAGGAACUGUUGAGGAUGUGGGACAUGGUGCACAAUGAGAAGCUCAUUUGUGCCAUACAGGGUAUUGAACCGACUCCAGUGGUUGCGUGACCUCCGUAAACCAAAUAUAAUAUGUAGAAGCUUUGUGUUGUUUGUUUAUGGUUCAAUAACAAUUUCCAAUUUUCUGAACUUAACCAUAAAUACAAUACAAAAUAAUAUAAAGCUAUGUUUAUUUCCUUCAUAUGAGACACUUUAUCCAUAGUCUAUAUAAAGAACAUCUAACUAGUCUAUAUCUUAUCAAUUGCACAAACUGCGGAUUAAUAUAAUUCCAGUAAUGCAGUGCCGGAAGUUUAUUUACAGCAGAAGAACCAAAGAAAAUCUUCCGAAUGAAGCGUUUAUGUGGAUGUCAAAUGUUAAUUAUGCUUUGUUGCAUGAAAAGCGAGAAAAUAAUGAAAACUUUGAAGCCACUUUGUUUUUCUGCGCAGAGCCUUUUUUUUUUUUUUCUUUUUUCGAACGUUUAAAAAAAAUAAAGACGAGAAGAAUAUACAGUUCUUUGAAUCAUUAUAAAGAUAUAUUUAUGAAUUUUUAUUUUCAGGAUCAGUUUUUUCAGUUACAAGGACAAAUGCUCAGAAAAUAGUCACUGAAGAGCACACAUUACAAAUCAAAUCUUAGCAUAUAAACUGCAACCAGUCGAACAGCAAACACAUAUUCCUGGAAAGCCAAAUGUAGAAAUGUAUGUUAUGCAUUCACAAGUGCUCUUUGUAAGUGUGCUUUCUCACCAGUCUUAUUUAAGUCUAUAACAGGAUAUCCUGCAAUAAUAAGGGCUAACCUAUUUUCAUGUGAAUUGUCCUUAACUAUCCCACAUUUAAACAGUGUGGGUGUAAACUGAUUGUUAAAAAAUUGCUAUUAUCAUGUAUGAAGAAGGUGGUUGAAGCAGAACACUGUGCGUCAGUCAUUUUAUUUAUCCAAAAACACAACUGUUUAGAUGCAAAACACAAAAGAGAUUCCAAUAACACCCGUUUCCACUUUCAAUGUUACCAACAGGUUCUUAUGAAGUUUACAUGGACCAAUUUCUUCUUUAUGCUCUCAAUCAGUUUCACAAUCGGUUUCACGUUAGAAUAAGAGCAUUACAAACUCAUGGUGCAUUUCUGAGAUGUUAUGUGUUUACAAUGUAUUCUGCUGUACUACAAUAUAUUUUUCUGGUAUUUGCUCAGCUCUGAAAAUGACCACCUUGAUUGCAAAAUAUGAACACAGGAAGUUUAUUUCAAAGUUUUUUUUUUUAUUCCAUUAGGGACAAUUCAACCCAGAAAAUCUCAACUUUUGCAGUUUUACAUCUGGAUUUUGGUAAAUAUUGUACCUGUGCUUGUAUAUUUAUACAUGUACUGUACAGCUUUGUUGUUAAAUGUUUGAUGCUAUGUAACUGACAAAUCCAUUCUGUUUAACAUGAUUUAAUAAAUAAUUUUAGGACUCUUUUGGAAAGAUAACAAAUAUAAACACUGGCUUUGGAGUAUUUAUACAUAAAUACAAAAACAAUUCCACAAAAUAGCUAUAGGUAUCAUUAAUGUUCUGUGUUUGCAUAAAAAUGUAUAUUAGUCACCACAUUACCAACUAUCUGCUUUCCAAGAACAUCUCUCAUCAUUCAAACUGAGAGGGGAUAAAAAUAUUUUUUUUGUGAAUGAAAGAUGAAGUCAUAAAACUCUAAUUAAUACAGAAGUGGGUGUCUUCAACACUGAAAUACUGUUUACAUAUUAUAUUGUGUGAUUAUUGUGAUAUGCCAGUGACAGUUUCAACCUCACUGCAGGGUCCUGUGUGGAUAAUGUUGAAAAAAUCUUU